AUGUCGCAAAAGUCAAUGACUUCGAGAAUUGCCAUUCUGGGCUCUGGAGAGGUCGGCUCCACAAUCGCCUACUCGCUGAUCUUGAACCCUGUGGCCGGAGAGAUUCUACUUGUCGAUCCCAAGGAGGAGGUUCGUGAUGCUCAGGUGCAAGAUCUUUCUGAUGCCACUUUCCAUGGCAACACGAGUACGCAAGUACGUGCUGGCACGCACAAGGAAGCUGGACAAUGUGAUAUCGUCGUCAUCACUGCAGGAGCAGCACAGAAGAAAGGAGAGAGCCGUACCGACCUUGUCGGCCGUAACCUCAAGAUCUUGAGCUCGGCUAUUGAUGACAUGAAGCCUUUCCGUGAGGAUACUAUUAUUGUCCUGGUCUCGAACCCUGUGGAUAUCUUGACCUACUUUGCUCAAAAAUUCUCUGGACUCCCCAAGCACCAAGUCAUUGGCAGCGGUACCUUCCUCGAUAGUGCACGUCUGCGCGGUAUCCUUGCGCAAAAGUGCGGUGUUGCAGCUAGCUCUAUUGACGCCUAUGUGCUGGGCGAGCACGGUGAUUCGCAGAUGGUAAUCGGCGGUGUACCGCUCGAACUUGCUCUUCCGGAUGCCUCUAUCGACAAGGCUGCCAUCGCAGAGGACACCAAGAAGAAGGCGGCUGCCAUCAUGGAGUCCAAGGGUGCCACAGCUUAUGGUAUCGGCGGCGUGACUUCAUCCAUCUGCAAGUCGAUUCUGUUCGACCAAUGCAACAUCAGACCCAUCAGUCACUACCAGGACGACAUGAACGUCUGUCUCUCAAUGCCAGUGAUAAUUGGCAGAAAAGGCAUUGUUAGACAGAUCCCAUUGAAGUUGAACGAUGGCGAGAAGAAGGAGCUCGAGCAGAGUGCAAAGAGCUUGAGAGAGAUUAUCGAUGAUGUGGAGAAGGAGCAGUCCAAGGAAGAUGGAUUGAUUGACCCGACACAGCACUAUCAGUACCUCCUCCGUUGUCCGCAUGUUCCGCCCGAUACACCGUCCACUUUUGUCAGCAAGUCAUGCGGCUAUGACAGCUGCACAACCAUCCAACAGCAGUUCGACUCUGCUCACACCCGCCAUUGGGUCUCUCACUAUGGCCAGGAUAUGUAUCUUGACCACUCGACCCCGUACAAGGAUCACACUUGUAUGGAUGGCUGGCGUGAUGGCAGGACUUUCUGGCGCAAUAUCACCGAUCUUCCUUAA